AUGCAUACACUGAGGAAGUUAUGGGUCAUAUUGUUUAUUUCCAUAGCCAUUGUUGGUUUACAAGUUGAUGGUAAGGUGGAAAAUGUUACUGCUCGAGGCAAUGCUAGUUCUGUACCUAUUACUUUUGAUCAAGGCAACACAACAGAAGCAAGAAACAAGAGCUCUUCGUACACUACUGAAGUUGUCAUCGACAGCAAAAACAAAAAUUCUUGGAUGAAUAGAGGAAGAGGAGGUGGUCGCGGUGGCGGUGGCGGAGGAGGAGGAGGAGGAGGAGGUGGUGGGGGAGGAGGAGGUGGCGGUGGUGGUGGAGGUAAUGGUUGGGGAUGGGGUGGAGGAGGAGGAGGGAGUGGUUGGUGGAAAUGGGGAUGCGGAGGUGGAAAUGGAGGAGGAAAAAGGCAUCAUCGUCAUGUGUACCGGGGGACAGGGAGGUUCAGUGAGGAUCAUUACAAGCUAGGAGAGUUUGCACAAUGCAUGAGGAAAGGGAGGUGUCAAGGGAUGAGAUUGGAAUGCCCUCUUCACUGUGGAGGGCCUUGCUACUAUGACUGCCAAGAUAUGUGCAAGGCUCACUGUCGACGUCGAUGAGAUCGUUCCCUCUAUGUUUAGUUAAUUUCCAGUUCCAUCAAACCCUAGAUCA